UUCCCCCGGCACUUUUUGGGCCCCAGCAUCGACCCUGUUCUGCACUGGCUUAUUUGUUCUUGGGUUCUCUGCGCGCCCCGGACCGUAAGUCGAAGCCAUUUGACCCGGCAAGAGAGCCACAGACAGACGCAAUCAGUGAGAAGGCGACAGCAGCCUAUACCGAGACCAGCCAUUCCCCCCCCGCGACUCCGCGUCCUAGCCCAAGGCCUCCUUUUUCUCGCAUCCAGCUGUUCGUUCAACUCUUCCCAGUCCUUGACGCGACAGUCCAUCCGCCUGUCUACCCGCCUGGGACCCAAACCUGGUCUGGUGCUCUCGUCCUCUGUUUCUGCCGUAGGGGGUCGCCCCUCGCGAUUAAAUGAGUACCGGUCACCCAACCACGACGACUGCCGUCGAUCCUGUUGCGGCUUCAGAUACCAACCCAGCAGGCGACUUGGAGGAUCCGUCUAUCCCCAAGACUCCCUGUGCCAGCACUGACACUGCUGUCGACUCUGGAGCUGCUGCUGUCGGCGUUGACGGGGCCCUGAGCUACGGCCUCCACCAACGCGACCAGGACCAUGAUGCGCCUGCUGCCCGCCUUCUAAAAUUCGCAGACGCUCCCAGCCAACUAUCUCACCUGCCCUUCACCCCCGGCUCGACUGAUCCCACCUCCACCCACGCCCCGGAACCAAAUUCCAACUCAUCCUCUACCACAUCCGCCGCGACAAAUUUAAUGACUACUCCCUCUGCUGAUUCUACCGCAACUCCUACUCCCACUACAUCAGCUGCUUCCAACCCUACGACGGCUACGACUUCCAUCGCCAACGUCUCUCAACCCUCUUCACCCGGACCUCCUUCCGCCAUCCGAAAACCAUCCCCUGGCUUAGCUGCCCGCCUCAAAGCUCUCGGCUUCGGUACCGUCCCAAAAUCUUCUCCGCCUUCGUCCGCGCCGCAGUACGACCACAUAGGUCGCCUCGACGAAGACCAGCUCCGCCAACUAGACGAAAAACACCAGGCGGGAUCCCUCAGGUCGGUCAUCGCCCGGCGCGGUCGCCCCUGGAAGGGCAUCUACUUGUCCCCCAAGGCCGCCGCCGAGCUCGACCUAUCCUCGCCGCCCGACACCGACGACGACCCGCCCACCGCCAAUCUGCUGCCCGAGAUCAACACCCCUGAGCCCUUGGACAUGGACACGUUCAAGUACCGCCUCCCUGACCAUACCAACGGCAAUGGGACCAAGGUCACCCUCGAUACCCGUCGCGAGCACAUCGAGCGAACCACCGGCCCCCCUACUCCCGAAGAGAGCGCCCUCCCACCGCCGCCUCCUCCCAAAGAUACUCCUCCUAUUGGUGCUACCCCUGUGCCGACCACGCCUCCGACCGACUAUACUCCAAGCCUCAAUUCAUACUUCACACCCGGUCACAACCGUCCGGGCUCCAUCUACACCUUGUCGCGUGUGUCUUUCGCGAAUCAACUAGCUCAGCUCACAUCGCUGCAGCUGCCUGAUGCCGACUCGCUAUCCAGCCAGGUCACAGCCAUCCCAACUGCUCAAAUCGCUGCCAAAGCCCUUAUCAACGCUGCCGAUCAGAUCCGAAGUUGGAUAUACAAAGCCUCCGAAGUGGUCGACGGACUCGAUAGCGAAGACGAUGUCGAAUGGGCUGCUGCCGGGGGCCGGGAGGGACUAGCCGAGGUGGAAAAUGCCAUUACCCGCUUCGAGGAGCUCGUCAACGCCUAUGUCGGUGCCAUCGAACAGCUGCAGAGCCGAGAAGACAUUGCCAACGUCCCCCUGGCCGAUCUGAAUCAAGCUGUUGCCCAGAUGGAAUCUGUCAUCAGAGAGUGGGACAAGAUUCGACUAACCCUCCACAUUGUCAGGGGUCAGGUUGAAAUCGCCAUGGAGUGGGAGGAACUGUGGAACAGCGUCCUCGGCGACAUACAAGGCGAGAUGGAUGAGCUCAGUAGGCUCGUCUUCGAGAUGGAAGAGCGACGGCACAAGAGCCUCAUGGCUGCUGCCAACGGCGAUGGUGUUGACAUUGGUGAUCUGGAAACUAUUGUCGAGGAAACGCCUCCCCAGGCUGCCCGCCUUCAAGCAGGUAGCCGCUUCAGCCUGCCACCAGCGUUCCCAGUGAGCCCCAUCUCCCCGGGCACGCCGACCCUUUCACAGGACGAUUCCAGCCUCCUCGCGCUCUUCGCCCGCAUGCAGCCUCUCAGGGCCUCCCUCGACUUUUUGCCAAUGCGCCUGUCCGUCUUUGAGAACCGAGCGGAGCAAUCCUUCCCCACGGCCUGCGAGGAGCUGAAAAUGCGCCACGACAGCCUCGACUACAGCUACAAGAAGCUGGAGAAGGAUGCCGAGUCCCUACGCAAGGAGCUUGGUGAAGACCGAUGGGUCAUUGUAUUCCGCGGUGCAGGGCGUCAAGCCCAGAAGAUGCACGAAUCGGUCGAGCGCUCGUUGCACAAGCUCAAGGAAGCUGUCGAUUCCGGGCUGCACUUGACGAACCAACCUGCCAUGUUGAAGAAGCUGGAGAGUUACGAGGCCAAGAAAACACACUACGGCCCGGCCAUUGAGCGGGUCCUGUCUAUCAUCGACAAGGGCGUCAGUGACCGGCUAACAGUGAAUGGAGAAAUCCUUCGGUUGCAUACUGACAUGCAAGCGCGGUGGGAUUCUCUCAAGUUCCAGAUGAGAGAGGCCGAAAGCAUGAUCGAGGAUAUUCAAGCCGAAAAGGGUCAACAGCUUAGAGACUCCAUCUCAAGCAUGCUUUCCAAUGAUAGAUCCACCUUGGAGAGCGGUCGUGAGACUCCAGGGAGCUCGCCACCCUCAUCGGUAAUCAUGUCAAGCCUCGGACUUGGCCCUCAUACUCCGACUGCAAAACCCCCUAAGCUCAGGUCGUCGGGCGGCUCCAACGCUCGCCCCAUUCCUUCGAACCGACGACAUUCAUCACUCCCCGCUCCUUCAUCUCAUCUAGGUAGAAAACCUGGCUUUUCUCGACUGUCGACGGUCGCCAGCUCAUCAUCAUCCCACAACGUCCCAGCAAGCCAGCUCAAGCGACCAGUUUCAAUCGCGAGCAAUCGGCCUCGCUGGAACGGCUCGUCCAACACGAUUGACGUGGACACUGGCCAUAACUUCAAGCCCCUCAGUCUCACGACACCGAGCCCCUAUGCCAAGAGGAGUCCGGCGACCCAAAGAUCUACCAGCUCCAUCACACCUGGUUCUGCCUCAAAGCUCCCAACCCUACGCAGCCCUAUGGCCCGCGCCUCGUCGGAAUCACCUCGGGUUUCUCCGCGAGCUGACGAUACGCCCACUAGAACAGGGCACUCGCGGCUUUCAUUCCGCGAGCGUCUUUCAUCCCCUGGUCCAUAUGCCCAACAACCGUUGGCCAAGCCGCGACUAGCAUCUCAGACCGCUGUGAAUGCUCUCACUUCUGGUCGCCGCUCUUCGCUCCAGGCAUCGAAGACGUCGACCACGAAAACCGAAGUGCGACCAAGCAGGCCCGCUAGUUCCCUGGCCUCGUCCUCACGGAGGAGCAGUCUUCUUCCCCAACCAAAGGGCGAAGCAGGUCGGGCCAGUCCUCAGGCUAUCGCAGGUGCCAGGCUAGCCAUGCAAAAAAUGAGUCCUGAAAGUAAGGAUCUGAAACCCCGAUGGCGACAUUGACGGGAUUUUUCAAUGUCCCAUUAUUCUUGAGCAGCAUCAUGGUUGCUUCUACGCUCACUCUAACGCCCCAGGAGAAAGCGGUUCCACUUGUACUCAUGUUACACGUUUUCUGACGAUUUGACUUGAUCAACACCUUUUCAGAAUGUAGAUAUCUCGGCUUAAAGCAACAGGAGCUUGGCGCGCCAAUUUUGAAGGAAACCCAUUUUGCUUACACAGCAUGGCGUACCGGGCGAGGGAGAGUGCUUCGGACGAACGGAGUUUAAGGAAC